AGUCAAAACAUGUUUCCAGCAGCUAGAUAACACGUAAUAUCUACACGAUGUUGAAUAUUUUUGUUUUAUAACUGUGCAAAUAAUGGUUUGAGAAAUAGGAAGAAUGAAUGUUUAUUUUUAUCAAUUCACAAAAUGCAAAGUGACUGACUCAAAACAUACAGCUAGAGUCAUUAAAAACUAUCUUAAAACGUUGUCAGUCUUUCUUCCCCCACAGUAACAGUACAUCUCAGAUCGGGACUCACUGGAUUAAACAGUUGAUUGUUUAGAAUGGGAAAUAGAACACUGGAAACUUUGGUGAUUAGGAAGAUACAUUAUGGUUUAGUAUUGGGAAGCUUCAAAAAGUUCAAAAUGGCAAAGAAACGGACAGAAGUUCUGAGGGAGGCGUGUUUAGCAGUUUCUUUUGCGUACUUUCUUAUUUGGCAUUAUUUAUGUGUUUAGUUGUUUUUAUCAUUUACACUUUUAUUAUAUGGAGGAUCCGGAUUCACACUCCUCACAAGUUGAUGGCGGUAAUGCACCCUCGAGUUGUUUGCCAACCCCAAUAAACACCACAAGAAGAAGAACGUAAAGCAGGAAGCAGCAGAGCCAUGGAGGAGUUCAUCGUGCCGUUACAAGCGCUGCUUUUGUGCUUCCACACUGUACUGGAUUUGCAAAGAUGCGUGCAUCACAUGUUUUUGGUGCACCGUCAACUUUCGGCUGCACGGCGCAGAGAGCGGCGAUUGCGUUUGCGGAGAUUGAUGGCUUACCUCCAGAACACUCCCAGAAGACGGAUGGUCUGGGCGAUUGACCGUUCCUCGGAGUGGUGGGACGUUACUGUUCCUGCUUUCACCAACGAGCAGUGGUUGCAAAACUUCAGGAUGACGGAACAGACGUUCCUCUACCUUUGCAACAAGCUACGUCCGGUUCUGGAGCGACAACAUACGUCUUUCCGCAUGUGCGUGCCUUUGCAGAAGAGGGUGGCCAUUGCCCUGUGGCGGCUAGCUACUGGCUCUGAGUACGCUAGCAUUGGACGUCUCUUUGGUGUCGGCUGCACCACGGUGUGCAGGUGUGUGCGGGAGUUUUGUUCUGCUGCAGAGACGUUUUUGGUGCCGGAACAAAUCCGUUUGCCCGACGAAGAGCAGUUUAGAGGGAUGGCUGCUGACAUUGAGAACAGGUGGGGGCUGCCACAGUGUGUGGGUGCCAUUGAUGCCUGUCACAUUCCCAUCUUAUCGCCUCAGCACAACCACAAUAAAUAUCUCAAUCACAAUGGCUGGCACUCCAUAAUCCUCCAGGGCGUCGUGGAUGGAAACGGCCUCUUCUGGAACGUGUUCGCUGGGUUGCCAGGGAGCUUGGAUGAUGCCAGGGUUCUGAGACUCUCCACACUGUGGGAGCUCGCCAGCCGGGGAAACCUGUUCCCAGCGCACACCAGGAGUGUUGGCACGAUGACUACUGGCUACUACAUCCUGGGAGACUCGCCUUAUCCCUUACUGGACUGGCUCCUAAAACCGUUCCACGACAAUGGGCGGCUGCCAUCAGAACAGCAGAUGUGCAACCACAAAUUCAGAAGAGUGCAGCUCGUGGCUGAAAGUGCUUUCAGGAAGCUGAAGGGAAGGUGGCAGUGUCUUCUGAAGAAGAACGAGUGUCAGGUCCAGCUGGUGAAGUCUACGGUGCUGACCUGCUGUGCCCUGCAUAAUCUCUGUGAGAGUAAUGGAGACAUUUAUGAGACGUUGUGGGAUGAGGCGGUUGCAGAGGCGGUUGGACAGCAGUCCGUGGUGGCCGUGCCGCUGGAUGUGGAGGAGGGGGGUGGGCAUGUCCGAGAUGCUCUAAUGAAGCACCUGCUGGGCGACGGUCAGCCCGUAACGUAGGGCCGUAACAGCUCACACCUUCUGACUGAUGUACAGCUUUGACCUAUGGGGCAGUUUGGUCGACUGCAUUUUUAUGUGCCUGAAGUGCGUCUUUUGUUUUCUUUUGCACAAAAAGUUAUCUUGUUUUCCUGUGACUACCUCAUUUAUCUUAUUGUAGUUUGAUUGUGUCCUGUCUCAUUUUUAUGACAUCAUGGCUACUUCUGGUCCUCUAGGGCCACCGUCCUGCAGGUUUGGGCUGUUUUUCUGACUGAAUCCAGGAAUCUCCUCAGUUUUUUCUGAAAAUUUUCAAAAGCCUCCCAUUAAUCCAGGUGUGUUGAUGCAGGGAACCAUUCAGGUGUCCCUUGACUAUCAGGAUUAAGUAGGUGGGGUCUAGUUGGUGGCCUUUUGUGCGUCUUUUAUAACCUGCAAAAUAAAUGAUUCUGUUCAUGUUGCAGUGACAAUAAAAAGUGAACUGCACAAUAAUAA